AACAAAACCACCAGGAGGCCAGCUCGUUUGUUCCCGUCGUGGCAGAGAAUUAGAACUUUUUAUUAUAAGUAAAGUAACAAAAAAAGUUUUGAUAUUCACAGGUCAUGAUGGCUCGCAGGCUGACCGCUGUUCUCAACCAUGCACGGGCAUUUUCCGGAACUGGCGCUCGUUCCUUCAGUCAUUCUGCCUUUACCUGCACGAAUCGCAUGUACGAGCCGGACUACCUAGAGCUGCUGAAACCGAAAUAUCCGCUGUACGAAACGCUCAACGUUACCAUCAAGGGCUACGACUAUCCGCUGCUGGAAAGCUACCAAAGAUUCAUCCACAAUGUGGCAGACUCGAUGGAUCUGGAGAUAGCGGACGGAUACGCACAACCGCCACAGAAGCUAAACGUGCAAAAGUUUAAACCAAACUCGAGCGUGAUCGAUAGCGAGUAUAAGCUAACCGUUUACGAGCGUACGGUGCAGGUGGAAAAGGUACAGGCACCGCUGUAUCCGCUGUUGCUGCGUACACUGCAGGCGGCUCUUCCGGAAGGCGUUACGUUGAAGGUAACCGAGCACACCUGGGAGCAGGAGGAAGCUCGCUACGUGCCAGACAGGGACCUGAAGGAGCUGAAGCAGCAGCUAGACGAGAUGGGUGGAGCGUCGAAGAAGAAGUAAUUAGUCAGUAAAUACAGUUGCAGUUAGUUAUGGUAGUGGAAGAA